UCGGUGAUUCAGUUCUUUUAAUGUGUAAGAUGGCUGCCACUGAGUCAAGUUCAUCCACCGAAAAUCCCGCCAAGAAAGAGGAUGAAUUCAACGAAUUUUAUACGGAGGUUAAAGAGAUUGAGAAAAGAGAUUCUGUACUGACACCUAAACAACAAAUUGACAGACUGCUGAGACCUGGUUCAUCUUACUUCAAUUUGAAUCCAUUCGAAGUUUUACAGAUUAAUCCAAAUACUCCAAUAGAUGAAAUUAAAAAGAAAUACCGUCGUAUGUCCAUUUUGGUGCAUCCAGACAAAAAUCAGGAUGAUGCAGAGAGAGCGCAACAAGCCUUCGAAAUUGUCAAUAAAGCUUGGAAAACUUUGGAAAACGAGGAAACCAGAUCAAAAUGUAUGGAUGUCAUUGAGGAGGCAAAGGCUCGAACGGAUCACAUGAUUGCAGAGAAGAAAAAGAAACUAAAGAAAGAAGGUAAAUCUGACAAUUCAAGUCUGUCAUUCGGGUUCUUGGAAGAAGAAACCGAGGAAGGUUACCGACACGCCGUCUGGGUCAUGACAAUGAAAUUAUUUGCUGAUAUGGAGCGGAGAAGACGAGAACUCGCUACCAGAGAUGCAGAGCAACGCAAGAGAAAACGAGAAGAGGAAUUGUCCGCGGAAGCUCAAGCAGCACUGGAUCGUGAAUGGCAGCGUAACUUUGAAGAGUCCAGACAGUCGCGUGUCGACAGCUGGAAGGCAUUCCAGUCUGGUACCAGUGCGAAGCAAAAGAAGGCAAAGAAGCUGAAAGCAUUCAGGCCGCCGAAAACGAAGGCGGAAUCACGAUAAUCGCGAAUUCUCCGUUUUCGUCUCUGUUUCCGUUUCUGUUUCCUCUUUGCGCGGAUUCUAACGUUAGUCGACGCGACACUUUAUCCUAGACAUUUUCUCGUAGUGUUAAGAUAGACUAAGCGCGGCCGUAAGUCCAGUUUUUCCGCUUAGAUAAUCGUGAUCUAAUGUGAUCGGUGAACGAGAAUAUUCAAGAUACGUCGAUGUGCGCGCGCGCGAGAGAGAAAGAGAGAGAUGCGGAAUGAAAACGGGGCAAGAGCGCGGACAAAUAAACAAGGAGUGUACCACUCUUUUUGGUGCGCUGUAUAUAUGCUAUUAUCGAGUGAAGUUUCAGUGUCACGUUUUUUAUAAAACGCGAUAUGUUAUGAAGCGCAUGACCGCGCGACUGUGAGGGGCUCUUGCCAGUCUCGCAUCUUUUCUCGCGAAUCCGAACGAUCAGAGAUCUUACCGUAACAUGUAAUCUCACGAUCGUAGGAACAUCGAUAACUUGCAUUUGUAAAAAAAAAAGAAAAAAAACAGGGAAACAAGAGAACGAAAGGCCGAGAGAAAAGGGAAUUUCUCCGUAGCAUUGUACAUUGAUACCACGUAUCGCCUGUCACGUAACAACUGUCAAUUUUAUAAUAUACGUGUGUCUCGUACUUUUAUUAUUAAACGUACGAUUGUCCAUUAUAGGGAAAAUACAGUUGGCUCUAUAUUAUAAUGACGAACUCUCGUAAAGAGUUCGUGUUCCGCGAUAUCCGUGUGUUUUGAACAAAACCAGCGCUCGAAUCGUGUGAAUUAAUAAAAUGUGAGAUUUUGACGAAAAUUACCGAUGAAUCGUCGCGAAUGCUUUAACAUUCAUCGUAGCAAAGUACCCGCUAUGAAAAUUCACCAAGUUUCAGCAAAGUCUCAAAUUGUUCGUCGCAACGCAAGGUCGUUUUCACGCUCUACACGUAGGAAAAGGAUUCGCUUCUCACGUUAACAUUGGAAUUAUCGACGACCUAUUUCUACCGAAACGAUCGGGUUUUUGAGAAAAUGUGUUACACAAGAAUGUUCAUUUAUUUCUUUUAGUUCUUUUAUUUAAUGUCCAUGAAAAAUAUAUAAUGUUGUUAUAUACACUUAAGUAAUUUUCAUAUGAAAUUACAAAUCGAUUAUUUUUUAUCUCUUGGUAGUUUUGGCCUCUAGUGAUCACUAGUGUUAACGCGAAGGGUCCCACCCUGCGGUUCAAAUUUCCUUCGACUGAGGGGAUUCUAUCGCGAUGCAAAAGCUUGCUAUUCGGUAUCGCGAUAGCUUCUCUCUACCGUCUUGACGGGAAUUUUUCGACGUUGUACGAUCGUCGAAGCAAGCCGCCUGCGACGAAAGGUGAUUCUUUCGAAAUUUCGUAACUAUGAACUGUGAAUAUAUAUUAUACGUAUAAAUUGUUUUCAAAAAAGACUGUUCAUUAUGCGGGACGCCACAUUGCGGCUCUUCUCUUGCUCGAACGUGAUUGCCUAGUAUGCAUGUCGCGUUAUUAUGUCGAAUGUGUUAAAGAGUCUUCGACUGAGUCGUGUGAUUUUAACACAAAGGUGUCUAUUCGCAUACCGCGCGUGAAAAACGCACGGACGAAUCAAUCUGCGAAGACUAUUUAAUAUGCAUAAAACACAGGGUCUUUCUCCAACUUCCCUCCGACUUUUUCCUCCGUCGAUGGAUUCUUCGAGCAAAAGCACUGAUUCGAUCUUUCUUUCGCAAAAAGAAAGAUACUCAUCGACAGGAGAGAAUCGAUUCCGUAUUGAUCGCGGAAAUCCGUAGAUAAGAGAGAUAAACUAUCGCGAUAUAUUCCGAAAUUGAUUCUCUCUUUUUCGAGUUACAUUUGUAAAUACAUUGUGCGGUACAACUCGCGCUACUAACCGCAUUGG